CAUUUUUUUUUUUUUUUUUUUUUUUUUUUAAAUAUCGGCUUUUCUUAACCACGAUUGACGUUUUGUGGUGGCUUGGUGAUUGUCCCGGAGAAACCGAUUAGCUAGAUGGCAGUCAGCACUUUAAACAUGGCACCUUAUUUCACUGGAUACCCUUUUCAAGGUCAAGGUCGUGUGAAUCAACUUGGAGGGGUUUUCAUCAAUGGGCGCCCACUACCAAAUCACAUUCGUUUAAAAAUCGUGGAAAUGGCGGCAGCCGGGGUUAGACCUUGCGUGAUCUCUAGACAAUUGAGAGUCUCGCAUGGAUGUGUGUCGAAGAUCUUGAAUCGUUAUCAAGAAACAGGAUCGAUAAGGCCAGGUGUGAUAGGUGGUAGCAAACCACGAGUCGCAACGCCGGAAGUAGAGGCGAGAAUCGAGGAUAUGAAGAGACAAAAUCCUGGGAUAUUCAGCUGGGAGAUUCGUGAGAAAUUGAUAAAGCAGGAUGGUAUCUGUGACAAAGCGUCAGCACCGUCAGUUUCCAGUAUCUCGAGGCUUCUUCGUGGCCCUACGAAUCAGACUCGUCCCGGGGAUGACCCUCGACGAAAUCAUUCCAUCGACGGGAUACUCGGUGGAAGUAGCGGUGAUGAUUCGGAUACAGAGAGUGAACCGGGAAUCGCUUUGAAGAGGAAGCAACGUAGAAGCAGGACCACGUUCACCGGUGAACAAUUGGAACAACUCGAAGCAGCUUUUCAUCGAACGCAAUAUCCCGAUGUGUACACCAGAGAAGAAUUGGCGCAAAAAACAAAUUUGACCGAAGCACGUGUUCAAGUGUGGUUCAGCAACAGGCGAGCAAGGCUUCGCAAACAAUUGAACAGUCAACAAUUAAACGCUUUCAACACAAUGAGCUUGCAAUCCUUUCAAACACAGCACUACGGUAGCAGUGCUGAAAGUUAUCAGAGCUAUGGGCAAGCAUCGGUGGCUGCGGCCGCAGCAACCACGGCCGGCUAUCCUCAGCAUUACAACUAUAGCGAGAAUUACUACGCUGCUCAGCAACAGUGGCCAAGACCGACUGCCGAGAAUUAUGGAUUGUUCAACGCCUCUCACUACGGUAGCAGCAAUCUGGCUUCUAAUUUAACUUCCAGCAACUUGAAUUUGGGCAGCCUGAGCGGCAGCGUCAGCCCCACGGCGUCGAAUAUGAGCGCGUGUAUGGUUCAGGGCGCGUCCUCGGGGGUGCCUACCCCUGCAGCGAUAAACCAUCACGUGACACCUCACAGUCCCAGCGAGGCGAAGAGUGGUUAUCCCUAUUUGGGUGGUAUAGAGUCCCAAGUCUGUGGCAGAGUUCAUUGAACUAUGGAGUUAAAAAGAUGGCGGAGGGGGAAAGGCGAGAUCGAUGUUUUUAAUCUAGCUUUUUAAAGUGUUUUUUCAACCUUUUUCGAGUUGCGAUAUUCUUUUGUUAAUAUUUAUGAGCAAUUUGUGACUCUUUUCUCUUAUGGUAUAAGGUAAGGAAAAUUUGAAAAAUUAACAAAGAUUUCGAUUAAUGUCGAUGAAUUGACUAACAGCAUUAUUGUCUUCGGGUUAACAAAAAAUUUGUAUAACGAGGGGAUGAUUGAGCUUGACAUUUUCUGUGGAAUAUGACAAUAUGUAAGAUAUGAAGAAGCGCUAAAAAUUAUUGAUUAAUUAAGAAUCAUAACGGUGAAUUUCUGAAAAACAGGUUGGGAAUCACUGAUUUAAUUCUUUUUUAUUUAUAAUUCUUCGAAGAUUAUGAUCGUGAUCGAAUAUUUGUAGGAUGGAUCGCGAUAUUUAUGAGAUAUUCUUUCGUUAAUAUUAUUAAAAAAAAAUUGAGAUAUUUUAAGAAAUAAUUUUUAAAAUUGAAAUCUUAUUUUGAAUAAAAAGAAGAAAAAUUGAAAGGAUAUCUACGAUUUUUCUAUUGUAGAAAUAAUGGACAAAUAAAGUACAUGAUACUUUAUUCAUAUAUUAAUAUUUAUAAAUGAAGAAAUAUGAUUUUAUCAGAUCUCAUAAGAUCUCACAAGUAUUGCAAUCCUUUUAAAAUUGAAACAACAAAACACCAUGAAAAAAAGAAUAUAGUAAGUAAUGCUUCUUUGUAAGAAAUGGUGGUAUAAAGAUCUAUCUAUUAACAUAGAAUGAUAUAAAUAUUAUAUUUAUAUAUUGUUUCUGGAGAAAUUGAAAAAUCCUCCUUUUUGAAAUUUUUAAAGUUAUAAUUUUAAAGCUGCCAUGAGAUGAAAAUAUGUGUAUAUAGCAUGAAUAUUUCAUUGUAUAUCUAUUGUAAGUUUUUAUCGUUUCUUUUUUUUUUUCUUGUAGAGAUGAAGCGUAUGUAUAAUUUCUGUUAAUUAUAUUUUAAGGUAUCUUAAUUUCUUUUAGAUCCUUAAAGUUAUUGUUUUCUUCGGAAGAAGAAUUUUAAAACGUUAAUUUUUGGAGGCUUGUAUUUAUUCAUUAAUACUCGAAUGUUACGGAUGAUAGAAAGUCAUUCAUAUUAUUUUUUGGCGUUGAUAAGAUACUUGAGAAGAUUAUGCCUUAAUAUUACAUUUUCAAAUAUGUAUAUUAACAACUGUGCUUUAAAUUGUUUUUUUUUUUUUGCGAAAUCAUUAAAAAUAUAGUUGUUUAAUGAACUCGUUAUUAAGAAGUCAUAAAAUUUGUUGAUAAUUAUUAUUGUUGUUAAAUAAGGUUCACGUAUAUUCACUAUUCUGUACAGUUUAAAUCAUAUUUCAUUAAUUAACAUGUGCAUAUUUAAGUAUCCCUAUUAUAUGAUUAAUAAAUCUAUGCCCAAUGACACUAACAAUUAUCCUAAAGAGUUAUUAACAUUUAUAUAACCAUAUUGCUGUCCACGGAUUUGAAGAAAGAAAAAAAAAAAAGGAAAAUUCCUAAUGGAAGGAAUUUACAUUUAAGUCACUUUCUACGCGUUAAGCCAUCAUUAUAAGAAAAAUUAAAUUAUCAUAGAAAUUUUGUUUGACAUUUGACAGCAUUGAUACGAACUAUUAUUGAACUAUUACUUAAAUAGUUGUAAAUAAACUGCUUAUAAAAAAUCGAAAAGAUUUUCGAAACUGAGACGAUGAGAGAAACAUUGCGUAUAUUAUGCAAUAAAAUAUUGUUAUAAUUCCAUAUAUUUCUAAAUUUUCUAUUUUUAGAUUUUAUUUUGUAUAGUUAAAAAUUAUGGUAAUUGGUAAUUAAUCGAGUCACUACGAGGUGCCUUAACAUUGCCUUUUCUCUCUUUGAAAAAAUUGACGAUGGUCGAAAACUGAUUAAAUUUGUUUUUUAAUAAGAGAACGAUAAAAUAUUUUAAAAGAUGGUCAAAUAUCUAUUGAAAACAAUUAUUAUUGGAUAAAUAAUCGACUUUAUCGAUUCGAUGAUUUAAUUGGCCAGUUAAUUGCGGUUAUUAUGUACAAAGACGAUUUUAUUCGAUGCACAUAAUAUUCUUGUACUCAUUAAUUAUAAUUGCCAAUAUAUAAUUCAUUGUUGCAGAAUAAAAGAACAUUUAAAAGGAA